AUGGAUGACGAUCAUCAUCCAAAAGUGAAAGAGGAGAGGGAGAAGCAGAGAAGGGAGGAGGUAAAGCAGAAAGAGAAGGAAGACGGAUCAAGGAUGAAGCCACUAACAUAUGAAGCCUACGGUGGUGGAAUGUACGGUAGAGACGAGGGUGAAACUGAAAUAGCGGCAAAACCAAAAGCAAAUAAGCCACUGGCCAGAGAGACGCAGAGUGCUGAUGGACCUGAUGAAGCCACUACGGACCCUCCCAAGCAUCCACCCCCACCUUCCACCGGUGACCGAGACCUUGAUAUCACUGGCCAAACCUAUAUUCAGUAA